UCGUAGGGCAAGUCUCCCGCUCUUCUACGGAAACAGUUGCCGCCUCCCAUCCUAUUAAAUCCCCACCACUCGCAUCUAAGGCUACGUUGUUCUUUCAUACUUCGAAAUUCCAGGCUUGGUGGCCUCCAAAGUGGGCAGCACCGUGUCUUCGGACUCAGAUUGAACUAAUUCAUGAUCACUGAACUUGCGUUUGCCAUGGAAGCCAUGUCUCAAGACUUGGGAAAAGUUCUCCCUUUCCCGGGAAACGAGAUUAAAGUUCCUUUCUGAGGAAUUGCUUCCUGUUAAGGCCGCUGAAAAAAGACAGCCUUUCUCAGGACUGUUUUGGUACUGAACUGAUGUUAUUGCUUGGGGGUUCCUUUCUUUCUCACCGCAAAUAAUCCAAUUUGCAGUAGAAGAAAUGCAAACAGUAAAAUAGCUCAUAUACAAUAGUAGUUUAAGGUUUUCAUUGUUGGAGAUUCAAUUAUGGGCCUUGGAAACUAUUCAUGUAGGCUGAUCUAGUUGCAUUAGUGAUGCAAAUCAGUGUCAGGGCAUCAAUAGGUAUUAUAUUAACUUUUUAAAAUUUGAUUUUAGAGAGAAGAAGGGAGAGAAAGAGAAACAGAAACAUCGAUCGGUUGCUUCCCAAACGUGUUCUGACCAGGGAUUGAACUUGUAACCUGUGUGGUGACCAGGAAUCGAAUCUGCCAUGGGAGGAUGCUACAACCAACUGAGCCACCUCCCCUGGGCUCAAUAGGAUGCCACUGGAAUCAUCAUCUUCGAUGCAGCUAUCCUUCUCUUCUCUCUUACCCUCAGUGCCAGGCAAUUCUAUUAACUCUUCCCUUCCCCCAAUGUCUUACAUCACUUCCCAGGAAAUGAAGUGUAUUCUUCACUGGUUUGCCAGUUGGUCAGGUCCCCAGCGUGAACGUUUCUUACAAGACCUGGUAACUAAAGCAGUGCCAGGAAAAUUACAGCCAUUGCUAGAAGGUCUGGAGCAGCUUAGUGUGUCUGGAGCCAACCGACCACCUUGUAUCUUUGAGUGCCAACUACGUCUUUGGGAUCAGUGGUUUCGAGGUUGGGCUGAGGAGGAGCGCAAUGAAUUUGUCAGGCAGCUGGAGGUCAGUGAGCCAGACUUCGUGGCAAAGUUUUACCAAGCAGUGGCUGCUACAGCUGGUAAAGACUGAUAGGCAUUAAAGUCAGAGAAGACAACCAUAGUUGAUGGAGCCAAAGCCACAACUCUACAAUGAGAACUUCAGAUGUGCCACUUAAAGGUCUGGGGAUGGUAUCCUGAUUCACUGACUGAGCUUGCUGACUAGUACAGGCCUGGUUAUUUCAAUGUUUACGGCACAUCCGCUGGACUACUAGUGUAAAUGUGUUCCAUCUAAGCAAAUCCAGAGUAGCAGUCUGCCUCUAGCUUACUUCUUUCCAGGAGAUGUCAAACCCUCAAGAAUUUAAUGGCUUCUUUUGCAACUAUAACCAAAAGGCACCUACACAUAACUCAAGCUUACUGCUGGCCCAUGGGGAUAUAAAGUAGAACCUUCCUACUCCAGAAGCAGGAGAGAAGAGCAAUAAAAGGUCACGUUUUUAUGUUUAGCUGGAUUCAGAUGUCUGGUUUCACCUCCCUUAGCAGAUUCAGGCAUAAUUAUGUGACAUCCUAACCACUAGCUUUUCCUGUGAUGAUUUAGAAAAAAUUAUGGAAAAAUCAGAAGAGGGAGAUAAUUAUUCCUUCCUCCACACUGAUGUGUGUUUGAAUCCAAAUAGUAAUGACUUUUUCCAAAAGCAUAUGUGAUAUCCUUGGAGCUGUUAGAAGAUAUUCUGUAAGUUUGCUCUAUAACAAUAUGAAAAAAAAAAGUGACAUUCUUUAGAGGUUGAAGGGUUUAUUUUUUUGUAUCAAAAUAAAGAAUGAAUCUUUGGAAUCAUAA